GAUGAUAAUCAUGAUCGGUCCUCGGAGAGUGGAUAUCUGAAUGUGGAUUGUGAAAGCGUGAGGAGCGCUCCCGGUUGCCGCUGAAACAAAAAUAUCUGAUGAUAUCAUUUCCGGUUCCGGUUGCUUCCGUGAUGGCGGCGGUUCAUGGUGAUAGUACUAAAGCUCGGGUUAUUAUUUUAGGAGGUUGCGGUUUUAUUGGAAGGAACCUUGCCGAAUUCCUGGUUUCAAACAAUUUGGCCUCUGAAGUAAGGAUUGUUGAUAAAGUUCCGCCGCAAACAGCAUGGCUGAAUCGAACGCACCAAGAAAUAUUUGACAACCCAAUUAUUAAUUUCAAAAGUGCUAAUUUAAUAAACCCAGCCUCUUGUCAAAAUGCAUUUGCAUCUGAUGAAGGACCAUAUGAUUAUAUUUUCAACUGUGCUUGUGAAACCAAACCUGGGCAAACUGAUCCUGUUUAUAAAGAGGGUAUUUUGAAGUUGAGUUUAAACUGUGCUCGGGAAGCCGCAAAGCAAAAUGUUAAGAGAUUUGUUGAAGUAUCCACUGGUCAUAUGUGCUCAUCAGAUAAGAUGCCCUAUAAAGAAGAUUCCAAAGUUGAACCAUGGACUUUAGUGGCCAAGUGGAAGAACCAGGUGGAAGAAGAAUUAUCUAAAGUUCCAGAGUUGAAAUUUACCAUUGUGCGACCUGGUAUUGUUUAUGGAUUAGGUGAUCGUCAUGGUUUAGCUCCACGACUAGUCAUUGGUGCAGUUUACAAACACCUAGGGGAAAUGAUGAAGCUAUUGUGGUCCAAAGAUUUGAAGAUGAACACUGUACAUGUUACUGAUUUAUGUCGAGCAUUGUGGCACUUAGCUACUCGAGAUGAUACAAUAGGGCAAAUAUACAAUAUAGUGGAUCAAGGUGACUCUACUCAGGGAACCAUUAGUAAUCUUGUAUCUGAUAUCUUCAACAUCAAUCAUGAUUACUGGGGAACCAUGCUUUCCAAUGUUUGCAAAGCUGAUAUGGAAUCUGUUGUUGAUGAAGUGAAUGAUAAGCAUAUGGGCCCUUGGGCUGAAGCCUGUUCCCAAAAUGGAAUAGAAAAUACACCUUUAACUCCAUAUAUUGAUCAAGAGUUAUUGUACAACAAGCAUUUGUAUCUUGAUAAUAGCAAACUUCUGGCUACAGGAUUUACUUUCAGUGUGCCUAAUAUAACCAGGGAGAAGCUAAAAGAGAUAGUGGAUGAUUAUGUUUCUAUGAAAUUAUUUCCUGGAUCUUUGGUAUUGUGAUUUUACCAUGUUGCUGGGAUCUUAAGCCUGUGAUUAAGAGCUGAAAACCAGGAAGAGAUCUGAUGCAGGAAAACAUAACAAUUUAUAACUCAUAAUUGCAUUUGAAAUAUAUUGAAAUUGAACUUGGUUCCUACUCGAUUGGUCUUGUGCUAAAAGCAUUCAUUGGUGCUCUGUACUCUGUGUAUAGUAGAAUACUCUGUGUAUUCUAGCAAUAAUUGACUUGACUUCUGUAGGGCUUAUGUUGAAAACUGGUUCACUUAACAGGGUUUAAUUGUGAGAUUAUCUUUGCAAAUUAGCAUAAUCAUUAAUUAAAGGAGAACAUCAAUGCUCAUAUUGAUGUAUUUUGUUACUUCUGAUGCAGUAUGCAAUUUCAAGAUAUCUGUACAAAAUGGUUAAUGAUCAGGUGUUAGUUGAUAGUGAGCCUUCUAUUGUCAGCAUUGUGUAGUCAUGUAUUGCACUAUUCAUUGUACAGUUCUUCUUUGUGUUAGACAGUUGGGCCUCAGCAGAGGCAGUGUUGCCACACUUUACUGCUUCUGCCACUUUUGCACUGUUUGAUCUUUCACUUGCAAUCUAAGGCAAAUAUUAAUUGUGGUAAAUGAUUUCAGUCUGAUACCUUUUUGGUACUGAUUACUGUCUGGUUACAUGUAAUUAUGUGAAAUUUUGAAAUGGGAUGUCUUGAAUGUCUGGCAAAAACUGAACGGGAACAAAGCUCUAUCCCCUUAAUUUUUUCAAUCUGAAUUUGUGGAAACAAGGGGAGAUUACUUCACUAGAAAAGCUGCUUCUAUUGCUUGUCACUAGGAACUGUCGGCAUUGUCACGUGUCUCUCAAUUGUCAGCACAAAGACGUUUAGUACAACUUAUAGUUUUUAAUGUCUCCAAGGUCUUCAGAUGCAUAUUUAAGAAAUAACUAUUAUAAUUGAAAGACUGUUAAAUAACUAUAGUGUUUCUUUUUUCCAAUGGUUAAUAUAUAAUGAUAAUGAAUUCAUUGAUGACAUAAAAGUAUCCAUUUACUUACUAAGUGAUAUAAAUUGAUUGGGGUUAACAUCCACAAACAUCAGUGCUGUUCUCGUUUGUUUUGUAUUUUAGCAGAUACAACCAGCAAGUUUAGUCACAAAUAUUUUUUUAGAAUCAAUAGGCAGUGAUAAAUUUGCUGCUCUCUUUGUUUUGCGGGGAUAUUCUUAUUUCCUUGUGUUACUUUGUUGAUAGUAUUAGCAACUUGCUCUUACACGAUCUAAUUGAAGGAUAUUGCAAUAUGCUGUAUCAUCAAUCUUCCUUACCUAUUUAUGGAAAUGAAUUACUAAAUCAACUCAAAUUCGAUUCUUGUUGUGCACUAAUAAUUGCAAUCUCAGAGCAUUUAUUGAAUUACAGGCAUAAAUCUUGAUUUCAAAAAAGAAUGUUUGUGAAUCAGUCAGUCGUGAAACCAGGGCGAUUUCUUGAUGAAAUAAUUUUCAUGCUCUAUAAUACUGUUUCUUAAAUAUAUUUAUAUUUGCAAUUACAUGUUGAAGUAAUCACAGGGGCGAUUGUGUGUCAACAUGUGUACUUGUAACAUAGUACUGUGACAUUACUAACUUCUUUGGAGGUUGUUCGAAGUUACACCUCAGUUCUGACUCCAUUUAAGUUAUUUUUAAUCUCAUUUGAGAUAUCCAUUUAGAAAUGUGAUAAGCGAGUACCAGAAACUCUGGCAUUGAUAUAAAUUUUAUUUGUUGAAAAUUUCUGAGUCUGGUAAAUGAUGCAACAGGGGCAUGAAAGUACUACUUUUAAAAAGUGAGUUGAUGUUUUAAUUUUUCCGAAUAUGCAUUUAAAAAAAUGUAAUUAAUAGUUAUGGCCCAAUUUCUGUAAUAUGUUAUGCAGCAAUUUUCAUUUCAUUCCGCACUUGCUUAUAUGAUUUUGUGUUUAUGAAUAUAAUUUUAAUAUUCCUUUGUAUGUUAAAUGUUGUAUGAAGAUUAUCAAUUUUAUAUCAAAUACAUUAAUUUUUUUCUGUAAUUGGAAAGUAAUUCUCAAAAUUACAAAAUUUUAAUGUGUUGAUGAUAUCAUUAAAAUGAGCACACUUUAAACACAUUUAUUCAGACUUGAUGUAAAUUGACAUCAAUUUGUGAAAAUUAGUUGUACUGCAAACUAACUUCAAUAUUGUUUUAUAAUAAAACUAAAGUCAUAUUCUGAAGCAAAUUCCGUGCCUCUGUUGGCGCAUUAUGCAUUAUCUCUGUAAUACUCUUACAUAUUCUGAUAAUAUUUUCUUCUUUAUUUUUGAGUUUUUGUAUUUUGGUCUUAUUUGUGGGAUUUCUGUUUGAAAUUGCAAGCUCAAUUAAUUAGAGACUUCAUUUUGAAUGAAUUAGAACCACUUUAUAUUCUACAUUUACUAGUUUAGAAAAGAUUCAAAGGUCUGUUAUCCUUGCAUCUACUCCCUAAAGUUAGUUAUAAAACCUGCUCCAUGUAUUUUCAUAUACAUUAUCAGUACAAUACCCAGAAUUUCCAAAAGAUUGUUUAAAGUGUGCUUUUUAAUGUUGCAGGGUUUGACUUUUUUCUAUAGUAUGCAGCAUGUAAUACAAGCACGACCAUUUUCAGUCGUACAGCAAACUGGCUGUUUUCUUGAAAACUUAUAACAUUAACAUCUAGAAUUUGAAGUAUAAAAUUGAGCAGGUUAACAUGUUCAAAUAUAAAUAGUAUAUUGAGACUAAAGAAAACUUGUUUCAUAUGAGGGUCCAUGUGGAAAUUACUUCAAUAGGACUUUACACUAUAUGAAUUGCCUCUGGAAAGGUUAUCACUUACUCAUAUGAUAAAAAUAAAGGCAUUUACAGGUAAUUUGGAAAUAAAUAAGUAAUAGAGCUGAUAUGAAAAUUGCAAUGGGAAGAUACUCUGGGUGAUAGAUGUAGUGUACAGGGUUUUAUUAAAUAUUAAGUGUUCCUUACCUCUUUCAUUUCACUAGUGAAACAAUUCUAGACGUGCAUUUAGAAGUCAUUCAUAUCUCCUAAUGCUUCAUAAUGGCCUAAAAUAUAUUUCUCCUAUUUAUGUAAAACAUGAAUUAUUGUUCAGUUAAAGAUUCCAGUUUGAUUUUUGUAGCAUAUUUAUACAGUUAUCGAGCCUUGUUACUAUUGUUUUUCUAAAACUAUCAUUCCACUCAACAUUUGUUCCAGUGGUACGUGGAGAAUACCUCAAUUUGUUUUGUGCAUGUGCAGAUUAUGAAUUCAUAUUCUAGAGGUAUUCUUCAAAAUUCUUCUUUCCCUUUGAGGGUUCUUCGUAGCUGUAUUCAAUAGAUCAUGUUACAUUUUCUAAAUUUUAACUUAAAUGAAAAGUUAAUCAAAUUUCCUCUAGGUAUUUCUUUUCAAUGUUGUUUCCUGCAAGUUUAGGGAGAAACUACAUAUAAUAGAACUGUUUUAUACUACGGCCUAAUUUUCCUUUUAAUUUUUUCUGUCAUAAUCAUCCUGAAUUGUGAUAAAUAGAGGAUUAUUUUUUGCUUCUAAAUAUUAUAACUUUCAUAUCAAUUUAUAGAUUCGUUGUGUUAAUUUAGAGAAUUGUUUAGCUGUAGGAUAUUUUAAUAUUUACAUUUUGUGUAUUCGAUUUCUAGUGAAAUUAAUGUCUGUUGAUUGCAUAGAGUGAAUAGUUGAGAAUACACAUUAAUGUAUGUGUAUUUUCAUAUAUUCAAGUGUCACAAGCAUUUCUUUGCUUUUAUUUUUGCUAUACUUCUGAUAAUGAUCUCAGGGGAAUGAUCAUUUUACUAAAAUUUCAAGACCUUUUUCUUCUAUACUAUUACUGGAAAUUUAAUUUCCUUUUCCAAUUUUUACACUAAAGUCUUAAGAUUUUCUUUUGAUAAGUAUCUAGAGAAUCUUCAUUCCAUGAAUCAUUCUUCAGCUGUACAUGAUGUUCAGAAAAGAUGACAAGAUUCCAGGAAUUAAGUGUUCUUUUGGAACUCUGGUUCAGCUACAUAUUUCUUAAGUUGCCUUCAGUUGCAUUUAGAAAUGUUCUGAUUACUUUAGCAAGCAAGGUAAACUUUUCAAAUGUUUUGUGUAAAUUGAAUGUACUGAAAUGUCUAAAAAUUCAUACUGAUUUUUGUAGUUCUGUUGAUAAUUGACAGUAAUUCACAAUAAAUUUUAAAGCUCUAAAAGUAUUCUGAAAUUAUAACCAAUCAUUGUUUUAUGGAGAUUUUAGUUUCACUCAACUAUUAAAAUUGCAUUCAUAUUGAAUAAAGUAUUUUUUGUUUAUUCAAGCAUGUAAAGCCUGUUGAUUAGAAAAUUAUAUUUCUUCAGAUGAAUUUUGUAGUAGCUAGAAUGCAUAUAAAAAUUCAUGAAAUAUUGCAAUUAUCAUGAGAUUCAAUUGGAAAUUUCUGUCUAAGCAGAUCCAAUGUUCUUCUCGUAAGACUGAACGUGAAAUGUGCCUUAUCUGGUCAAUAUGCUGCAAGUGAAUUUAAUGACUAGCUUGGCACUCCUAGGUAUGAUGAUGACGAUAAUAAUAAUAAAUGUGAACUUGAUUAAUUGUUCUGCUUUUUAAACCUGAACUGCGAUGUGCAAAACCAUUUUUGUGAGGGCGUUUGAUAUACAUUUUGUAAGUGUUCUCUGUACAGCUGACAAUGUAAAUGCAUGAUUGUAAUGUAUCACUCACUGCCAUACUAUGUAAGUAAAUUUGGUUGUGAGAGGUAUUGUUGUUAAUUCUGUAGACUUAUCAAAUGAUGCCACUUUGUGCAUAAUUGUUAUAAAAAUGUACUUUGUGUAAAAUGUGGAAAUACGAAACAAUUCAAAUUACAUGUAAGCAAAAAUCUUACAAAAGUUUUGUGCUUUUGUAUGGUGGUGUGUUGAUUGACGUAUGCAGAAAUUUUGAUAAUAAAUGUGCCACCAACCUGAUUGUAGGAUAAGUGGAAUAGCAGUUCAUGUAGAAUAUAGAAUGUCUGAAUGAAAUACUGUUUGUGUAUUCUAUUAAGAUCUCAACUUUGCACUGAUUAUAUUUGUCUAAUGAGAAUUAAGUUUCAAGUUCUGUAGACAAAAUUUAUUGACCUUGUCAUGUUAUUUCAUGUGUAUAAUAAUGAUGUUAAUGUAGUGUAAUUUAUACUCAGUAUAUGCAGAAAAAAUGAUUAAUUAUCACAGAUCAUUUCUUGUUUGCAAAGGAGUAAUGUUGGAUGUUGUUUCAGACAUUUAACAUAAAUAAAACAUGUUCAUUCUCAAGAGCUUUAGUUUGCUGUCAAAAUGAAAAUGGACAGUUGUGAUAAUAAGUGUAAUAAAGCUAAACCUCAUGUACUUAAUGGUCUAGUCGUUUGGAUUGACUGAGAUAAUCAUCUAUGAAAUGUCUGUGAUUGUAUUUCUGUUGGAUACAAUUUUUAUUUACAUAACAUUCCAAAUGUGACUGCAUUCCAAGAUUCAAACAUUCCAGAUUGUUCAAUGUAAUUGUAAUUUGUAAAUCCAACAUAUUGUAAUUUGGAAAACACUGUAGCACUGUUACUUUUAUAUAAAUUCUUGUUCAUUGCAUGUCUUUUUUAUUUCCAUAUAUCGUAAGUAUGAAGUAUGACUGCUAGAAAACUUCUUUAUGAUGGAUAAAGGGUAUUAAAGUAUGUUUGAUAUUUAAUGAUUUUCUAAAACUGGCAUUGUACUUCUUGUGACAUUUCAGAAUAGAGGAUGAAGCAAGAGUAGACAUUGUCUUUUCUUAACACUUUCGGCUAAUUAUAACAUUUUGUCGGAAAAUCCAUUAAAAAACAAAUAUGCAUGUUAAAUUCAGUUGUAAACUUACACAAUGUCAUAAUAUAUGACCAUCAACUGCAUUGUAUUCUUAUAAAAGUAGAUGCUUUGGUAUUUUGUUAAAUGAAAUAUUUAUGCAAAGGGUCAAGAGCUCUACCAAAUUUGAGUUAAAUAAGGAUAUUCUGGAAGGAGAUUAGAAUAAAAUUUUGCAACAAUUUGCGUCCAUAUGCCAAUCAUAUUCUCACUAUUACAGAUGCUAAUGCAGAAAUGAAAUUCUUAAGAAAAAAUAUUCCAUUAGAGAGGACAAAUCUUGAAAAUAAAUCAUGGCACUGCUGGGCCUAAAAACUUGAGUGUACUUUAAAACAAAGUACCCACGAUUGGCCACAAAAUUACUUGCAUUUGAAUGUAGAGAAUAUCCUAAUGACUAUUUCGAUUGUCUGCCUGGAUUGUAAGUAACUAAUGUUAAGCAAAAAUAUAUUCUAAUUCAACCAAUCCUAAUGAGUAGAAUCUAUUAGGUCUUGCCCCAUCCAUUUCUCACCUGCCAUCUAUUGGUGCCUUAAAGAUAUAUUUUUCACGUUACAAAAUCUUUCAGAUCUCUUAUAGUAGAAUUAAAUUAUUACUCAUUUUAGAGAAGGCUAAAAUG